AUGUCGUCAGCUCAAUCGGAAGACCAAGCCCAGGAUCACGAGGCGAUGGCCUCGGCGCUCGAACACCUCGUAUCCUCGGGUCCACUGCACGAGACGGACGAGCAGCUUCAGUCGGGCACUUCAGAGCAUACGGCCGUGACGCCAGGUCCGAUAUCCGUGCAAAAGCAUUCAAAGUGGUGGGGUCGUUUCUUCCCCGACCGCUUCGAGUCGACGAUGGACAAGCUGUUCGCCAGCCACCACAUGGGCAACUAUGUGGCCAUCCGGGGUCAGCCAGAAAAGAAGAUCUUCGAGAGCAUGCCCAUUUACGUUCGCGUCGGCAUGCAUCUACUCUUCUUCAAGAGCAAGGAGCAGUCCUUCUUACGAUACAAGUCAGUCGAAGACCUGCUCAAGACCGUGUCCAUCCGUCAGGGCAAGGUGUACGACGAUGAAUCGAAUCCGCAGGCCGUGCUAGAGCACAUUCAGAGCUUUAUCAGGACCUAUUCGAUCAACUUGGACGAGCUGCAGCAACCCGACCCUUCUCAGUACCCAAACUUCAACUCGUUCUUCUUCCGCAAGCUCAAGCCGGGUGCGAGACCCAUCGCCGAGCCAGAGAAUGCGUCGGUCGUGUCUUCGUGCGCCGACUGCCGAUUGACCGUGUUCAGCGAUGUAGCCGAGGCGACCAAGUUCUGGAUCAAGGGCGAGGGCUUCACGCUGGACAGGCUCAUUGGCGACACCAACCUCGCCGACCGUUGCUUUCCCCCCGGCAGCUCGAUCGCCAUUUUCCGCCUGGCUCCGGCUGAUUACCAUCGCUUCCACCACUCUGUCGGACCGGCAGUGUGCGGGCCGACAAGACACAUUCCGGGCGAAUACUUUACGGUGAAUCCGCAAGCUGUCAACGCCGACUUUGAUGUUUUCUCCGAGAACCGCAGGGAUGUGCUGACGAUGAACUGGAACCCAAAGGGAGACGGCGGUCCUUCGAUCCCCGUUGCAUUCGUUGCCAUUGGUGCCAUGCUAGUCGGCUCGAUCGGCUGGACCAACGCUACACAGGGCUCGAGCAUCCAGCGAGGCGACGAGUGCGGCUACUAUGCAUAUGGCGGCUCGACGAACAUCCUGGUGUUCCCACCCGAGGCCAAGAUCCAAUGGGACCAGGAUCUGCUCGACAACUCACGCAAAGAGAUCGAGACCAUGGUGCGUGUCGGUGACCGCAUCGGCAUUUCCAACGCUUGA